GUAAAUUUCUGGACGCCGGCAGCAGAACAAGUGGAAAGUCUCCUGCGAAAACCUUUCGAAGAGGAAGAUCAGUUUGUCAGGGUACAUGUGGUUGGAGCUGAAAUAGUCGAGCUUGCAGCCCGCCCGCAACGUGUGGUGCGGUUGCAGAGCACGAAGCAAACGGCGGUGCAAGUGCAUGGGGCCGCAGGAGUGGUGAUCACACCAGUGCCGCAGUUUGUGCUGAGAGAUUUUAGCAAGUUGGAGGCAACCGACGGAGAGGUGGCUGUGGUAUCUGGCCAUGUGACACAUUUGAGUGCUGUCCGGCAGGCCCGGUCCGGGGCGAGCAUGCGCUCGUUUCUGCUGGUGGAUUCGGCCGGGAUCGGGAUUCCCAUCAUGAUGCAUGGGCAAGGAUGCUUAGACCCAGAUCUGGUGCACGGAGCUCAUUUGCUGAUGUACUGGGUCUGUGCUUUGGAACCUCUGCAGAUCCAAGAUGAAAAUGACCAGAAGAGUGGGCAUUACUGGUGCUACCAAGAGCAUUAUUGCCUGUAUCUGCCGGACCAGAAGGCGGAUGUUGUGGUGGUGGAAGAGAAGCACAUUUUCUGA